AUGUCACUCAGGACAUCAGCACUCCGCGCUUCCCGGCCAGCGACACAUGCUCUCCGUCGCCGCGCUCCUUUCGCCGCCCGCUCCUACGUGACGGGCCAGCAGCCGAGUGGUACCUCUCUGGUCAAGCUCGCUGCGGGUGGCGUUGCGGGUGGCUUCACCGCAGCCCUCCUUUACAACUACUUCAACACCAGUGCGACGGCGUACGCAGACGGCGCCGCUGUCCCCGAAAUGCCCGACACUAGCGGCAUGGAAUGGCAGCCGAUCCACGCGCUCGAAAUGGACGACCCCAAGGUGUGUGCGGGCUACCGCCAUGUCGGCGUGCUGCGGCACGUGUAUGGCGCAACAGCGCACCAAGAGACCGAAGACGACAGCGAAGCGUACCGCGACCUGGGCGUGGGCCUUUUGCUCGGCUUUGGCCUGCUGCUCCAACCCCAUGCGCAUUCGCAUGGCCACACGCUCGAGAGCAUCGAGGCCUCGGCGCCCCCGGACGGCGAGCAUGCUCCUGCGACCUUCCUGCGAGACCACUGGAUUCGGCCGACCGGAGGUGAAGGCUCGUCGUGCGUUUUGGCCGGCGGCCGCGUGUUUGAGAAGGCUGGCGUCAACGUCUCGGUCGUGGAGGGGCGUAUGCCCCGCGGCGGCCAGGAGCAGAUGCGCGCCGACCACUCGAGCAUUGUGCCCUCCGACACGCCGUUGCCCUACUUUGCAACCGGCUUGUCUAUUGUGAUUCACCCCCGUUCUCCCCAUGUGCCUACUGUCCAUCUCAACUACCGCUACUUUGAGCUGUGCGACGCAGACUCCCUCGAGCCCGUCGCCUGGUGGUUCGGCGGUGGCUCUGACCUUACGCCAAACUACCUGUACCCCGAGGACGCUGAGCUCUUCCACGAUACCCUCAAGGCCGCUUGUGACAAGCACGGCCCUGCCUACUACCCGGCCUACAAGAAGUGGUGCGACAAGUACUUCUACUUGCCUCACCGCCAGGAGACGCGCGGCGUCGGCGGCAUCUUCUUUGACGACCUCACUUCCUCGUCCGAGAUUCACGGUGACAAGAGCCCCUCGCGUGAGGAAAUCUUCGACUUUGUCAAGAGCUGCUCGUCUGCCUUCCUUCCCGCCUACGUGCCCAUCGUGCAGCGCCGUAAGGGUAAGGCUUGGACCGAGCACGAGCGCCGCUGGCAGCUCCUCCGCCGCGGCCGCUACGUCGAGUUCAACCUGCUCUACGACCGCGGCACCAAGUUCGGACUGAACAUUCCAGGCGCGCGCGUCGAGUCCAUCCUCAUGUCCCUUCCCGAGAACGCCCGCUGGGAGUACUGCACACCAGUCGGCACCGAGGAAGGCAGCCCCGAAAAGGCGCUCCAGGACAUCCUCAAGACGCCCUGCGAGUGGGCCACCACCAAGUAG